ACACAUAGUAAGAGCUUAAAUACCACAAUUAUUAUUAUUUUUUUCCAUUAAGGCACACUGCGCCUUCAUUAUCUUAAAGGGAGGGAAACUGAGUCUUGGCUCCACAACAUCACUGGGCAGGAAGUCAAUCCAAGAGUUAGUCACUGCUCUAUUACCAGAUUAGCUUUCAGAUCAUUUGCAAAAGUAAUGAAGUUUGUGAAAAUGUGAGGACUCCCAAAUUAUAUUUUUGGCCCUUUUCAGUUGCAAAUGUCAUUCCCUAUACUAGAUGUCACCCCUUCCUUCUCCUCUCCACAGCAUUAAGUUGAAAAAAUGUCCUCCCUCCCACUCUCCUCGGUCACUGAGUGACACCUGGUGACCCCAGAGAAGAGGUCUCCGCUCUCCAGGAUUUCUGAAAAAGAUGCAGCUUUACCUUUCAAAGAAACCACUGCCGUCUCCGACAGACAGGAAGAAAUUUGAUCAUGACUUUGUCGUGUCCACCUCAUUCCACGGGAUCCACAACAUUGUCCGAACCAAAAGCAAAGUUCGGAGGGUGAUUUGGCUGUCCGUGGUGCUGGGCUCGGUCAUUUUCGUCUCCUGGCAGAUCUACAGAAGCAUCAUCAACUAUUUGAACUGGCCCACCACCACAUCCAUAGAGGUUCAGUUUGUGGAAAAUAUCGAGUUCCCUGCUGUGACAUUCUGUAACUUGAACAGGUUCCAAACCCCUGCAGUUGCCAACCUCAGUAUCAUCUUUUUCAUAUGGAAUGUGGUAUCCAAAGUUCUUCGUCUUUUUGAAGUUGACCAAAACGCUACAUUUUCUAAAGAGAUUGACAAUUUCCUUAAGGGUAAUCAAGAUUUCAGCAUCAAAGAGUUCAUCAAAAGUAAAGGAUUUUAUCUCAACAAGAGCACUUUGCUAGAAUGUGACUUUUUUGGCAGGCCCUGUUCCCCUGAGGAUUUUGAACAUGUCUUCACGGAAUUUGGAAAUUGUUUUACUUUUAAUCAUGACAACAAUGUAACAGCAAGGAGAAAAGUGAGCGUCUCUGGAAGAGGCUUAAGUUUGCUUUUUGAUGUCAAUCAGGCAGAAUUCACCGAUGACCCAGCUUUUGGUUUUGUCGAUGCCGGAAUAACCUUUGUCAUCCAUUCGACUAAGGAACCACCACAGUUUGAUGGUUUAGGUUUGUCGACUCCUGUCGGAAUGCACGGCCGGGUAACUAUCCGUCAGCUGAAGACAAUUAUCCAGGAAUAUCCUUGGGGAGAGUGCAAUCCCAGCAUGGAGCUUCAGAAUUACCGGACUUACAGCACCUACGGUUGCCUACAGGAGUGCAAAGCUUGGAGGAUAAAAGAGGAGUGUGGUUGUUUGCCAUUUCUCCUUCCAGGAAAUGGGUUAGAGUGUGAUCUACACAAAUUUCACAGCUGUGUUUCCCCUGUACUUGAUAAUAUUGAAUUCAUGGGACUAUGUACAAUGGGAACUCACAAUUCCAGUUGUCCUGUUCCAUGUGAAGAAAUAGAUUACCCAGCUUCCAUCUCCUACUCUACUUUUCCAAGUCAAAAUGCUUUGAAAUAUCUUUCCAAGAAGUUGAACAAAACUCAAGAAUACAUCAGGCAGAAUCUUGUACAUAUUGAAAUAAAGUAUAAUGAUCUAAACUACAAGAUGACCCAACAGCAGAAGGCAAUGAGCCUGUCUGAGUUGCUUGCCGACAUCGGGGGUCAGCUUGGCCUCUUCUGUGGAGCCAGCAUGAUCACAGUCAUAGAGAUCCUCGAAUAUCUACUCACCAAUUUCUACUGGAUCUGCAUCUUGUUUCUGAUGAAGAUCCCAGACAUGGCCCAGCGGCCCCGCCCUGCUCAGAAUCAGCUGGGAAACAAGAAGGGGAUCCAGGAAUGUUAAUGGUCAUCUAAGGAUCUUAACUCCGGCUGUACAGUGCCUUGGUGUUUUAGAGGUGAUUCUUACACCCUUCUCUCAUUUGGUGGGGCAACCAUUUUCAUGUACUCGAAGGCAUUUCGUCCAAUACGGUUCUAUAAAAUAAAAAUGGAGAAAAGCCACUGGUGCUUAACUACACAGUGGACGAGUAUCUCUUUUGGAUGAUCGAA